AUGGGAAAGAACUUGACCUGGAGCAAGGAUGAGCCUGACUGGCAGUGUAAGGAUGAAGUUGACUGGCAGUGUGAAAUUGAGCUUGAAGCAGAAGAAAUCAGCGGAGCACCAAGAGUAAUCAGGCAGCAGGCUGAAGAAAAGCCACCAGAAGGCAUUAAUCCUGAUGAUCCCGAAACAGGUACAGAUAACAAAGGAAUUCGCAGUUUCUAUGCCAUUACCCCAAAUUCAGAAGACAACUUUGAAAGAAAGAUGACUUUCAAUUCAUGUGCUAAUAGUAUGAAUCAAGGGUCACAGAUAGGAAGUGAAAGUCUUGAAAUCCGAAAUGUGUCUCGUCCUGAUUGCAACCAGACUAUAGUCCAACCAGACUCAGUGACUUUUGCCAUCUCGAAUGAGACCGUGCUCUUCCUUAAAGGUCUGCUGGUCACACGCAUCAUGCCCUAUUUCUACAUCUUCCUCCUCAUUAGUAUACCCCUAAACACAUUGGCCUUGGUGACAUUCACCUGUAGGAUUCAAGCAAAGAAACCAGCUGUGAUCUUCAUGUCUCACCUGGCAUGUGUUGACCUGCUCUUCGCCUUGCUGCUGCCUCUGAAGAUCCACUACCACCUGAAUGGUUCAAAUUGGGUGUUUGGCGAGGUGGCGUGUCGUGUACUAAGCGCGGCUUACUACUGCUACAUGUACUGCUCUAUACUGCUGAUGAUGUGCAUGAGUGUGGACAGACUGUUGGCUGUGGUGUUUCCUGUCACUUCUCUAUACUGGCGGAACACAAGGAAAGCAACUGGCAUAUGUGUAGUCAUCUGGCUGCUGGCAAUCGCUGGCACAGUGCCACUUCUCUCCAUAAAGCUAACAUUUAGGAUCAAGGAUGUUGGCAUCACCUGCCAUGAUGUUCUUCCCUACAAACAGCAGCAUGUGUACCUGUUCUUGUUCUCCAUCCUCUCCAGCCUCUACUUCAUCUUGCCACUUGUCAUCACCUUGGUGAGCUACUCUGCCAUCAUAUAUGUGCUCAGUGCCCAGUCUACCCACUUAGCAACGUCACCCUCAAACAAACGAAGGAGAGCUGUGAUUAUGGCUAUCGCUGUGGUGACAGAGUUUGUGGCAUGCUUUGCAUCAACCAAUGGCAUCCUGUUGUACCACUGCAUUCAUCUGGCCACUGGGGUGGCAGAUUUAUCAUAUGCAGCUUACAUGUUGGCUGUGUGUGCUGGGAGUUCAAGUGUUUUGCUGGACCCUCUGUUGUACUACUAUGGCUCGUCUCAGUGCAGACAGAAAAUCAGCUCUGUGUUUUGGUGGAGAAAGAAAAAGAACAACCACAUUAUCAACCACAUUAUCAAACACACUCUCAGGAAACUAGAGAGCCACCAUCGGAAGGAGGGUGAUGGUGGGAAUCUUAGAAUCACCUCCACUGACAAUGAUGAUAUUGAAAUGGUGUAUGAGUUUUUGUGUGAAACUCUACCAAAACUAGCAAAGUGA